UUUUCAGUGGUUGCUAGCUUCGACGACGCAGUGUUACUUUGUUUCACUUUCUGGGCUAUUUUUCCUCAUCUUAAACAAAAACACAGAACGAGAGUUUUCGCGAAUUCGGACCCGAACCCGAGCCCGAAGCUGUCUUCGUCUUCGACAUGGACGGAGAAGAUGACGACUUCAUGUCCGGAACCCGCUUCGAUGAUGGAGGCGGGACCCCGGUUCAGGAUGAGCACCCAGCGUCAGACGGGGAGGAGAUGAGGAGCGACAGGCAUCACUCUGAGGAUGACGGCAGCAAUGAUGAGGAGGGUCCACACACCAUGGAGGCCAGCGGUGCGGCCAGUGGCUCAGACAACGAGGACCACAGAAGGGCCGACAGCGACUCAGACGGCGAGGCCCCCAGGGGCCACGACGGCAACGACAAAAGUGACUCGGAGGUGGAGGCUCCUCGUCUGGAAUACAGUGACGACGAGUCCCCGGUCAAACGCAGGACUGGUAGGAGUGGUUCAGACAAUGAGGACGAGUCGCCCAUCAGACGUAGAAGUUCAGACUACGAGGAUGGGGAGGGGCUGUCUCCUCCAAAACAGAGGGGGAACAGCUCGGACAUGGAGGAAGAGGGGGAGAACAGGCCCAAAGCGUCAGCAGAUAGCGAGUCCGAGAACGAGGAUGCGAAGCCUGCGGUGUCCCCCAGCUACCGGUCCAAUGCUGACAGUGACUCUGACACAGAGACACCGGGCAGGCGCGACUCAGCACAGGCCGCUGCCAGUGAGAAGGAGGGCGAGGGUGGAGGAAGCAAAUGGAAGUCUGUGAUGCAGUCUGACAGUGACGAUGAGGAGGAAGAGACGAAGAAAGCUGCAGCGGGAAGUGAUGGAGAGCAGCAGACGCAGGAGCAGAGUGAGCAGAAAGAUGACAGCGAUGACGAGAAGCCAGUAAAGCGCAAGAAAGCCAUUCUGUCUGACAGUGAGGAUGAGGACGAUGAGAAGCGAGAUAAGCCAGUGGUGAAGAGGAGUCGCGCGGUGUCUGAUGACGAGGACACAGACAGCGACGGGGCUUCAGGUGGUCCCGAUAAGAGUCUGGCCGCCAAACUGAGGGAGCUCGGCUCAGCCAGCGAAAGUGAGGAAGACACUGCGAAGGCUGCGGCCGGAGAAAAGGACGAGAAGGCGCUGUUUGGCAGCGACAGCGAAUCUGGAGAUGGCGACGAGGAAGAGAAAAUGAUUGCUGAUAUUUUUGGAGAGUCUGGAGAUGAAGAGGAGGAAGAGUUCACGGGAUUCAACCAGGAAGAUCUGGAGGCUGAGAAAAAGGAGACGAAGGAGAAGCAGCAGAUGGAGGAGGACUCCGACUCUGACGAGGGAGUCGACCGUAGCGGCCAAGACACCAGCUUCAUGUCCGACUUCGACAUCAUGCUCGCCAAGAGGAAAGCCAUGAACAACAGGAAGAGACGGCAUCGCGACGGCGGGACCUUUAUCAGUGACGCUGACGACUUGGUCAGCGCCAUGAUCACCAAGAUGAACGAGGCUGCCGAGGAGGACCGAACGCUGAACAGUCAGAAGAAGCCUGCGCUGAAGAAACUGACUCUGCUGCCACAAGUCGUCAUGCACCUGAAGAAACAGGACUUAAAGGAGACGUUCAUCGACAGUGGAGUAAUGUCGGCCAUAAAAGAGUGGAUUAGUCCACUCCCAGACAAAUCGCUGCCGGCUCUGAGAAUCCGAGAGGAGCUGCUAAGGAUCCUCCAGGAGCUGCCCAGUGUGAGUCAGGAGACUCUGAAGCACAGUGGGAUCGGACGGGCUAUCAUGUUCCUGUACAAACAUCCCAAAGAGUCCCGGUCCAACAAAGACCUCGCUCUCAAACUGAUCAACGAGUGGUCGCGGCCCAUCUUCGGAUUGACAUCGAACUAUAAAGGCAUGACGAGAGAGGAGCGACAGCAGAGAGACCUGGACCAGCAGAUGCCACAGAGACGAAGACUAAGUCAACCUCAGAAGGUGGAGAGAGUGGUGGAGCCUGACGUCUUCUCUCCACCGAUCAGUUCUGGAGGUCAGACGCCUCGGAGAGAUCUGGAGAAACAGCUGACUGGGGAGGAAAAAGCUUUACGACCUGGUGACCCAGGAUUCUGUGCCAGGGCUCGGGUUCCGAUGCCCUCCAACAAAGACUACGUUGUACGACCCAAGUGGAACGUGGAGGUUGAGUCCAACAGGGGUCCGAUGAAGAAGGGUUUGUCCCGCGUUGAUAAACAGAUGCGUAGGUUUGCGGACAUCCGGCGCCUGACGAAGACGGGUCACGCUGUGAAGAUCAGCGUGGAAGGGAACCGGAUGCCGCUCUGAUCAAAGCCUCUGUAGGAUUUAUUCACUUCAAUGUUUUGUCCCGUAACAGUCCUGCAAUGAUGCUCCCUCCUCAGGUCAAGCUCUGCCUUAUUGGAGUCAGAAUAUCAGCAUCUGCUGAAGUAACAGGAAUCAUCCAGUGUCUGGACAAAAGACUAAAUCAGCUCCAAAAAUAAGAGAACGACUACUUUGUUGUCUAACGUUACUUAUUUUAACUUUGUUUUCGUGUUCAGCUACAUUUAAACCCGACGCCAGGUUUUAAAAUGCAAACUAAGAGUUUGUAGUUAAGAUGAAUUAAAAUUCUGAGCAUGAUGUGAUGUGAUGGUUUCAAGUGUAGCCGGAUGAAGGAGCAUUUGAGAGUUUGGUUUUCUGUCCAAACACCCGUCAUUUAGUGAUUCAUAGUCAAAUGUUUGAUAUUUUGCCACGUUGUUUCUGAAUGUGGUGUUUUGCUAAUGGUUCUGAUGAACCUCCUGCUCCUGACAGGAUCAUGUCCAACCUUCACACGCUAGGACUCCUUGUGUUGUGAAUUAGCUCCUCUGUCUGCACUGUUCUGUAUCUGAUGAUACUUUUCUAAAUAAAGACUCAACGGAAAGUCA